CAUGACAUAUAAUUAUUAAUGGUCUUAUUUUUAACAUCUGAACCGGAAGUAUUCGCACUGUUUUACAAGGUUGAACAUCAAGCUAGCAUCGAGCCAUUCAUAUCAAGCUAGCGGCUCCAUCACUCGCGAGCUACUUCGCUCUUUUCGAGGUUCAGUUUCUGUCUUAGUGGUAGCGGGACAGCUAAACAAAAAAUGGCUCUGCUAACGCCAUUAUUCGCUUUUCUGUACCACUUGCCGCAGGUGUACAAGUGGCUGCUGAAGCCUUACUAUAUAGCUUCUCUCUUCAUGUCUGUCGCCUUUCUAGCUGUCCGCAAAACGCCUGGCGUCUGCGACCACCUGGCCACGCAGCGAGAGGACGGCAACUCCUGCGACUUCGACUGGAGAGAGGUGGAGAUCCUGAUGUUCCUCAGUGCCAUUGUCAUGAUGAAGAACAGACGAGCGAUUACGGUGGAGCAGCAUGUCGGCAACAUCAUCCUGUUCAGCAAAGUAGCCAAUGUCAUCCUGUUCUUCAGACUGGACAUCAGGAUGGGGUUGCUCUACCUGACACUCUGCAUAGUGUUUUUGAUGACCUGUAAGCCUCCUCUUUACAUGGGACCAGAGUACAUCAAAUACUUCAGCGACAAAACCAUUGAUGAUGAGCUGGAUAGAGACAGUCGUGUGACGUGGAUCGUCGAAUUUUUCGCCAACUGGUCUCCGGAGUGCCAGUCCUUCGCUUCAGUCUAUGCUGAUCUCUCCCUCAAGUAUAACUGUGCUGGUCUCAAGUUUGGUAAAGUGGACAUUGGACGCUAUGGAGAGGUUUCUAAGAAGUACAAGGUUUCUGCGUCUCCGCUGUCCAAACAGCUGCCCUCCUUGGUGUUGUUCCAGGGAGGAAAGGAAGUGAUGCGGCGCCCCCAGGUUGACAAGAAGGGGAGAGCCGUAUCCUGGAGCUUCACUGAGGAGAACAUCAUCCGAGAGUUCAACCUGAACGAACUCUAUCAGAGGUCCAAGAAGCUGAACAAGUCCAAAGGAGACAAGGUCAGCCAAUCCCAGUUCCCCCCUGUCCCUGAGGAGGAGGAGCCAGAGCAGCCAGGAGCCGACACCCAGGGGGAGGAGUCUGAAUCCAAGAAGGACAAAUAAGACGGCGCGCGUCGCUCAGCUUGGACCUCUGGAUGGAACUUGUGGGUUCAGGUCAGCUCCUCUUCGCUCUCCUCUUCAAAGUGUCUAGUUUGUUCAAUCAGCAGGGGACUGGUGUCAGUGUGGAUCAACCCCCCCCCCCCCCCCCCCCCCCCAAAAUAAUAUUCUGCUACGAGAAUGACUUCUUGUUUGAAUUGCCACAAUAGGUCUUUCUCUUUCCAGCACCAUGUUACACUAAACAUUUCCCUCAAAUCCGGUAAUUGAACAGUGGUGCAGCUGUACAGUGACCUCAGUCUGUUCCCCCUUUUAGAAAAGAACAAAGAGGACGAGUGUACACUUGAGCAGAGGAGCAAGCUGAGAUACAGUAAAGCGGCUUUUGACACCUGGUCCAGUAUAUCAGUGUAAAGCCUGGAAAUGUGCUGUGCAGAGUUUACACAACACAUUUCUCAUGGUUUAAGCUGUGAAGCCUGACUGACUGCUGAUUUCAGGACCGUCAGUCGACUUAUUACUAAUUAACAAUGAGGGAGCAGUGAAUGUGAAUGUUUUUCAUGUAGACAUUUUUAUGCAACUAAUUUAAUUCAGAGUAGAUUUUUAAACACAUUCUUUGAUUAACUGUAUAUUAAUGUAAACUAAGUUAUCACUCAGCGGUACACGGAGAGUAGGCUGAGCAUUCUUGGCGGUUUGUCUUGACAUGAGAAACAUUUAUGGGAGCGCUUGAUUAACAUCGCCACAGCCGCAUGAGCCGGGUGGUGUUUGUCAAGUUCAUUUAUCGUUGGCCAGCAUCCCUUGUUGACAGAAGUUCAACUUUCUGACAUUCAAGCCUUCCUGAAAAAACAUUCCAUUAUUAUUACUAUUUUUAUGAUUAUUAUAUUUUACAGAUUCCUGCUGUCCUUUGUUUUGUUGUUUUGUUGCAGUGUAUUUGCCUCUCAGUUAAUAUGUCAUGUCGCCUACACUCGUGCCAUGCAUUCAUGGUAACCUGCCAGACAUUUUCUUAUUUGGAAACACUUGCAGGUUUUAUACUGAUUGAAAUUCUUUGAACAAGGUAACCAGUAUUUUAUUAUUUGGGUAUUUUAAGCCUUUAUUACUAGCAGACAGAAGAGAGAUGACAGGAAAUGAGGAGAGUGAGAAACGGGGAAUGACAAGCAACAAAGGUCCCCAGCUGUACUUGAACUGAUGAUGUAAUGGUUCAUGGUCAGCGCCUUAACCCCCUAAACCACCAGGGUGCCCCAGGUAACCAGUAUUUGAUUUGAUUUUCUUUCCAGAAACAAGCAGAGCUUGAGCUUUAGCACCCACUGAGCAACUGAUUUCACUUUCUAGGCCUUUUUUUGAUCAGACGCUCUGUUUGCAGCUCCCAAAAUUCUAACCAAUCCUACAAAUAAAGAGUAGUCGAGCAUGAAAUGUAUUUUAAGAUUAAGAUUUUUAUUUCCUGUUGCAGUGUUUGCAGCAGCAUUAUUGAUUACUUACUAACAUAAUACCUAAUCAUUUUCUGGAAAUGUCCAGUUUUGCAUUUCAUUUGGUACUAAUUAUGGGAAAAUCUGAAUUUUCUUUUGAAAGAAAAGCUUCUUUUAAAUCCAGGCUAAUAUUCAUUUGUUAUUCGUGUAUUACAUGUUGAACUGUCGACAUUUUUUUUUUUUUUUGUUUAAUGCUAAUCUGCUGUGCACUGAUUAUACGAUUCAGUAGGUUAUACAGCAGGUACUGGCUGUUAAUUAAUAAGAACUCUAUUUCUCCAGUAAUUUGUACCAGAUCACAUGAAUGUCUAGAAAAUUAUUAGGAAAUUGUAGACCCAUAAAAUAUAUAUAUAUAUAUAAAUUUACAAAUGAUAUCAAAGAAAUAUCAAUACAUCUAUCAGAAAUCACCCAAAAUCCUGUCCUCCACAUGCUUGAGGUUUAGAAACUGCAGUACAGUAAAUAGGGUAAAUAGAGGUACAGUCAGGCGGGUGAGCAACAUCUUAAAAAUCCAAGUGUUUAUUUAACAUAUUGUAUGUCAGUUUAAUGUCAUUUGGUUUGAUAAUACAAGAAGUGGAUUUGUUUUUGAUGAAAAGACAAAAGUGAUUUUCAUUCACAGUGGGGGAUGUUUAGGAGAUUUCCUCAGUGUGGACCAGUUACAUGUCUGUAUAUACUGUAUGAAUCCAGAAAUCAUCACACCGGCUUUGUAUUUCCACUCAGAUUUUGAAGUCAUGUCAGCCAGUCAAAUGAUGUCAAACGCUUGUCCUGCAUAUUCAUUGGCUGAGUACUAGACAAAGCUUUUAUGUUCUUCUGUAAAUCUGUGAUUAGCAUGAGGAUAAACUGAGAGCAUGUUUGCAGCUGUUAAGAAUGAGACUUCACAUUCCAGGAUUGUCUCACAUAUUCACUUUUUUCAUGUAUUUGUUUAUUAUUUUCCUUUACAAUAUAAAUGAUCAGAAAGAUUAUGUUUCUUGAAUUAAAUAAGACUAUUUGAGGCAUUUGUUUGAAUUUUCCUGCUUUUUUUCUGUUCUGUGAUAACAUUCCUAAUCAGGAUCUUGAGCAUUCUCUUCCUUUGUUGCACUAAAAUGUUGAACACAUCCAUACACACUGUUUAGAUUAGCUUUUUGAAGACACUGUGAGUUUAUUCCUCUUUCAUUAUUGUAUUACUAAAACAGUUUGUGUAUUGUACUCUUACUUUGAAAUAGAUUUUAUAAUGUUGUUUCAUUUGAGCUGCAUUAAGGCUUGUAUGUAUAUCAGCUCCUGUACAUGAAUGGAGAAGUCUGGCUUGUUUUGUUCUUCAUGCAAUAAAACCAUCUGCACAUGAA